CGGCCCGGAGCCGCCCCGCCCACCAGUGUUGGGGGCUGCGGCGUCUAAACCCCGCGGUGGGUUCUGGUCCUGUGGUCGCGGCAGCCCUGUCCAGUGGACCCGGUGCCCGGAGGCGAGUCUGCGGGGCAGAAAUAGUAGUAGCAGCAUUCGCUUGCCUUGACCUGGGAGCUGCGCCAAGAGUUUCACAUCAGACUCUUGGAACAACUUGGAACCUCCCAGAACAGCGCCUUUCAAAGUGUCCCCAGCCAGAAACCUCAUCAUCACCUGGGCACCUGCUUAUAAUGCGUUAUUAUUGGGCCGCACCACAGACCUGCUGAAUCACACUCUAGGAGUGGCUCCCAGGUGAUUCCCUGCAGUUUGGGAAUCAGUGCUGUAGAAACUCCAGAGCCUGGGUCUUUCUGCGCAUUAGCUACCGCCACCAAGUGUGAGUGACGUGCAUUCUCGGGUGAAGUCCCAGAGACGUGAGCAGAAAUCGUCCCCUGCUCUCUGGCCUGUGCCUAUUUUGUGCUCUUCCUAACCCUCUCUACUCAGUGGGGCUCCAGAGGCUGGAGAAGAUGAAAAUAGGACUUGAUUGCUUACCGGGAAUGGAGCUGCCUCUUGUGGGGAUGAAUAUGUUCCGGAACUAGAUGGAGAUGGUAGCUGCAUAGUACUGCACAAUGUACUGUCACUGAAUUCUACACUUUAAAAUGGUUGGAAAGGUAGAGAAGUCAGUCUGCUGUCUGCCCCAGGACAUGAAGCACUUGUGGCAGAUUUUUGUCCUGUGGGUCUUCUGGGUACUCAUCAUGUGGCUGAUGGCACCCUGCCUGGAUCCCAAACCUGAAUCGCCACCCCAGGGAAAACUGAUGGCCUUGGUACCACGGCAUUGCAACUGCCCUUGGCUCAAAUUCAGGAGAAGUGGCUGCCCAUCCGAGACACUAAACGCCUCCCUCUGCUACCACAGAGUUGGAGAACGGAACCGAUUUGCUACCUGCUAUGAGAAGGCCCUGGAGCACCUGAUGGGGGCAACAGAAUCCAUGACCCCUGAUACUGUACUCUGUUGGUUGAGCCGAUACCCAGCUCCCAGCCCCCAGUCUUCUUUCUGCUGUUUCCAGGGCAUGAACUCAGCAAGUGGCCUUGGCAAAAUGUGGGAAAAGCUGUUCAAGGUGAUUCCCAGGCCCUCAGCGAGCCAUUUCCAUAUCUACUGUGGGACUUGUGCUUUGAUGGGGCACUCACAGACCCUGUGGGGCCCUGGCCUUACCAGCAACGUCCACCAACCCACUGCAGCCUUCGGGAUGAACGAGGGCUGUGUCCAGGGCUUCGAGACAGUGGGGAACCAAGCCACGGGACACUUCAUCCAUCCCGGGAACGCCAGCAACCAGGGCUCCUGGAGAAAGCUGCUGCUGCUGCUGCUGCAAUUUCCUGGUCUGGUGUGGACUUCAGAUGCUCCGCUUGAGGAGGAUGCCUGCUUCAGAUUUGGAUCAGAAAAGCAAGAAGAGGGAUGCCAAGACUGGGAGGGUGUUAAUUGGACUAAGAGCACCAAGGAGAUUCUAUGUGCAGCACGGAAGCAGGAAUGGAAGUCAGCUACGGUGUGGCGGGUGAACUCACUGUCCACACCCGACACCGACCAGAGUCCCCACAAGUCCUAGUCCUUUGAGCGUCAAGGCAGGUUCUUGGGACAGUGGUGUUGGCGGCAGCAGCAGGACCAUGAGGACUUUCAGGGGUCAAAAGCAAGAGGAAAUUUUAUGGAGACCAGUCAGUCUAGUGCUGAAUAAAAUUUUCGUCGGAUCUGUUGCCUACAAGGACAGGGUAAGGAGACGAAGAGCCAAACUUGAUUUCCAGAUCUCAGGGGCAGUAUUUAUGUUACUUUCUCUGCUUGACCCUGGAUCAUGCAGGUGGUGUAGAUUUAGACCCAAUCUCACACAAAAUGCAAGGCCAGACAGAGUUCUUGGGGGAAGCUCUUUUCCCAUCUGAGGAAAGAGUUGUAUAAGCCUUUGUAUUUCAUCCUGUACUGGGGGUGGAUUUUUUUCUAGCUUAGCUUUUCACCAAAGGUUCAGCUCCUUGAGGUUCCUAGUGUUUUACAGUGACCUCUGUUCCUCCUCUGCCUCCCCUGGGCUCAAAGUCCUCAGCCCCCAUAGGCAUUAAACUCCUAAGUUCCUGGACAAGCACUCAGGCAGCUAGAGCACUCCUUGUGCUGUUUUUCAGGGGACUUCCUGUUUUAUUUGGGCCUCUGCUCUGUGUUUAAAAU